AUGAGUAGUUUUUCCAGCGAUUACAACCUACCUUCCUCCGGAAGCAUGGAAAAUAGGAAACAAGCGGUAAUGGACCAAGUCAGAAAUGAGCUGGCACUCGCUAAUGCGCAAGAGCUUAUUAAU